AGACGCCCUUAGCAACAACACAGCUGCGUCGAAUAAGAUACUCCUACCGCGGAGAAGACGGAUUAAACACUGCCGCCUUAUUGCACUGAGUACAGGUGAAGCUUUCCUGCGAAGGGGAUGCUCCGGUUGUUCCUGCACUUAACAUGGGGCUUAAGUUCAGCUAGCGAGCUAGCCCGUUUUGGCUAGCCAUCCCUGAAGACGAGCGAAGCGGCCCCGAGCUGUCCCGAAGGAGGACUAAAUCGUGGGGGUUCACCGAGUGGUUGCACCGUUGCAGCUUGCUAACUACAAAGUCAGCUAACCGGGAAUAAGCACGGGAAUGGUGCUCUGGAUCGACUCACUGUACCGACAGAGAAAGGCGAGGGGCACACGGGUCAGACAACCAAGCUGUAAUAUUUGGACUCAAACUAUUUUUAACAGAGGGAGCGGCUCUCCGGCGGACCAGUGUUUUUGUGGCUGUGCGAGCUAGCUGGCUAGCUAACUGAAGGAAACGACCCCCACCGCCUGCUCAGGGUUUUCAUUACCGAGGCUAAUGUUAGCCAAGGCGAGGGCUGCACGCUGAAUACACAACCCUGUGGUUUUAAUAAAACAAGGAGAACUUACAGUAAAGCCAAGAAGAGGGCUAGCUAACCUAAAGGAGUUAGUUAAGUCGAAAGCACGACUUAAGGACUCUUGGACUUCUUAGCAAACACUACUAUCCACAGCAAAGUCAUAAAUGCUGUUUGAUAAGUUUGCUACGUGACCCUAGUUUGAAUCUUUGUUUUUUUUUUCUUUUUUUUAUUCGGAUUUUUUCUUCACUUUGGAUGCUGGCAUCACAUAUUAAUUGCAAUCAUGAUGAUAAUAAGCAGAAAGCCAGAGGGCCCAAUAGCAACAGCACGCCAUGGUGAUGGUCUGUAUGACUCGUACAUGAGGACAGACCACAUCCUUAAAGACGAAGCGGACACAAACAGUCCGUCUGGGUUGCCCCCUAUGCCCAAACACACAGUUGUCAGUAACAAGGCUGUAAUGAGGGAUCAGGUAACUGUGCGAGGUGGCCAGCUGAAGGUCAAGUACCUGUAUGAAGACUCGACCAACAACCGAAAGAUCAACGCCAUAACCACAGCAACCACUCAGAACGGUGGGACCACAGGUCAGAUGCCCAGUAAACCUGCCCUGGUCUCCAGCCUUUCCAAGGAGCACAGUGUGGACAGCACUGAGUCCAGUAAAGGUUCCAGUGACUCCUCCGGCUCCCAUGGUGUUGGGAAUGGAGGGAACAGUGGGAAGAUGUGCGGCCCUCUCACUCCAGACCAGGCUCUGAGACUGUACAGAUCUCAACUGACCACCCUUGAGCAGACGGAGAUCCACUCCUACCCGGACAUCUACUUCGUGGGACCCAAUGCCAAGAAGAGGCCUGCAGUAGCUGGCGGCAACAACAACUGUGGCUACGAUGAUGAGCAGGGGGGAUAUAUUCAUGUUGCUCAUGACCAACUGGCUUACCGCUAUGAGUUCCUCAAGAUCAUUGGUAAAGGUAGCUUUGGCCAGGUGGCUAAGGUAUAUGACCACAAACUGCAGCAGCACCUGGCUCUGAAAAUGGUGCGCAACGAGAAGCGUUUCCACCGGCAGGCGCAGGAGGAGAUCCGCAUCCUGGAGCACCUGCGCAAGCAGGAUCGCAACGGCACCAUGAAUGUCGUGCACAUGCUUGAAAACUUCACCUUCCGCAACCACAUCUGCAUGACCUUCGAGCUGCUGAGCAUGAACCUGUACGAGCUUAUCAAGCGCAACAAGUUCCAGGGCUUCAGCCUGCCACUGGUCAGGAAGUUUGCACACUCCAUUUUGCAGUGCCUGGAGGCCUUGAGCAGGCACAGAAUCAUCCACUGUGACCUCAAGCCGGAGAACAUCCUGCUCAAACAGCAGGGACGCAGCGGCAUCAAGGUGAUUGACUUUGGCUCCAGCUGUUUUGAACACCAGCGUGUUUACACCUACAUCCAGUCUCGUUUCUAUCGAGCUCCAGAGGUGAUCCUUGGUUCACGUUAUGGCCUUCCUAUCGACAUGUGGAGCUUCGGCUGCAUACUGGCUGAGCUUCUGACUGGCUACCCCCUGUUCCCCGGCGAGGACGAGGGUGACCAGCUGGCCUGUGUCAUGGAGCUGCUGGGCAUGCCUCCGCAGAAGGUCCUGGAGCAGGCUAAACGUGCAAAGAACUUCAUCAACUCCAAGGGCCACCCUCGCUACUGCGGAGCCAACACUCUGCCCACUGGGGCCACUGUGCUGACGGGGUCUCGCUCUCGUCGUGGCAAGAUGAGAGGUCCCCCAGGUAGCAAGGAGUGGAGCGCGGCACUCAAGGGCUGCGAGGACCCCACCUUUACUGACUUCAUAAAGAAGUGUUUAGACUGGGACCCCUCAUCUCGUCUCACCCCUAGCCAAGCCCUCAGACACCCUUGGCUGUAUCGGCGCCUACCCAAGCCCCUACCAGGGACUGAGAAGAGCCAAGGGGCCACCGUGAAACGGCUCCCAGAGCACCACAGCACCUCGUUCCCCUCUAUCCUGGCCAAAGGAGGGCCCGGCUUAGGCACCACUGCUGCCAACAACAAACUGAGGAGCAACAUGAUGGGAGACUCAGGGGAGGCCAUACCUCUUCGCACGGUCCUACCCAAACUUGUCUCUUAGAGAGAGAGCCCUGUAAUCUCCUCUCAUCUUCCACUUCUCCCUCCUCUGCACUCCUCAGGAGGAGUCAGAGUCAAGGAGGAGAAAGUGGUGACUAGGUUUUAAAACUUGUUUGGUUGUUUUUUUUAUUUGUUUUCCACUGAGAGGUGUCGACACCCCAGUUCCUGGUUUUUAAUAUUAGCUGAACAGAGAGAGAGACAAUAAAAGAAACACUCUAAAAAAAGUUUUUAUACAGAGGAUUUCCUUGAGCGGCUGUGGAAUUUCUGUAUACAGCCAUUGAUGAGGUUUAAUUUAGAUAACGCUUUAUAAAAAACCUUUUCGAAUGAGUGGACAGCUUCGUAAAUGAGCAAAUGUUUUUAAUCUGCGUGUGUUCUUACAUGAGUGGUGUGUUUUAGUAAAAACACACUAAAGCACACCUGCACUGUCACUUGCCUCACUUCACACUCUUUCUUAACACUCAGAGGAUGCCUCCCUUUCUUGGGAAGUGUUUAUAUGAGUGAAACUUGAAAAGGGCUACAGAGAUUACUCUUAUCACAUUAAAGUUGGUUAGCAAAUAUUUGCUCAGCCAACAUGACUUUAAUAGAAAUAAAAAAUCAUGCGCUAGUGUUUGGGCCCUGCACACACUGACACAGUUAUCCCUCGUGUGUACAACAUUAAAAGCCUUUACACAGUUUAUGGGGGAUUGGCAUUAUGUAGUGAAGAGUUGAAACGUUUUUUUUUAGCAAUAAGGCUUCACUUCUUUGUCUUUUCUAAUUGCGCUCUUUUUCUACCUUUCCUGAUCCCUGGUGCUUGCAUGUCAGCUCAAUAUGUGACGUUAGUAUGUGUGUGUGCUUUAGCUUUGUGGUGCUACUGUGGGAGACAUUACUGAGAGGGCGUCGGACAACCUAUUUACAGCCCCCUCCUUCUCCCAACUCCCCCGUUCGAGUGAAAAGAAAGGGGGGUGGGGAGGACAGUAGCUCCACUCAAACUCAAACUGUCACAAAGGUGUCACCGUCACACUCGGUACUUCACAAACUGAGCCUGCCAUGUGAGGCCGGCUCACAUAAACUGAUAUAUAUAUAUAUAUAUAUAUAUAUAUAUAUGAGAGAAGGAGAGCUGCAAGUCAUUGCACAUACACACCUGCAGGGUGGAAAGUUGGUUGUGGAAAGUUAAAAAAGUUUGUAUGAGUGUCACCUGCCCAUGCCCCCUGAUUGGCUGAUGUGAUUGUUGGCAGUGGUGCAUUAUUGAAACAAUAGUGCAAGGUGAGAUAGAUCAAAACGGAGAGCGGUAUGCAAAAUACAAGCCAAGUUGCUUUUUAUUUUAGGGGAGUUGUAGAGGGGUUGACAGGAUGGGCCAGUGACAAAGGAGGGUUUUUAUGGUACUGAAGAAAGAAGUGUUUCUCAGGGAGACAAACUUGAUACAUCCCUUAAUGUUAUAUUAACUGUAUUCCACUUACAGUCCUCUGUCCCGACUAUGGAUGAACAUGCAUGUAGUUCGGUCCACUGAGAGCGAGAGAAUGCGUAUACGAGUGUGUCUACGAAGGCAGUCUGCAUGCUCCACAAUCUGACCUAGAUUCCCUCUCCUCCCCCCACCAUCUCUUUCCCUCUCACUCUUGUCUCAUGUAGGGCAGGGAGCCUCUUAAACUCACACAUAUAUAUAGGGAAUUAUGGUGCUGUCCAAAACGCACACACACACACACA